AUGAAUAACAUGCUCGAAGGCCUCUGCUCCAGGUGCAAAGAUCUCACCUUAUUUCCCAAGGAACCACUCACAUCGACAAUUCCAUCAUCCCUCGCCGGUCUCUUGCGAACGAACACGGCUCCGCCAGAGUCAGAAGUCGAGAACCUAAAGAUAUCAAGGGAGCACAUCAGACACUCAAUCACCGAACUUGAUAAUCAGAUUCAUAACCUCACUUUCACAUUGGAGAAACUCCGAGUCGAACAUGCGCGCCUGCAAGGAUUCGAUGACGAAUACGCCGCAUUGCUUUCUCCCAUACGUCGCAUCCCCUCCAAGAUCUUAUCAGAGAUAUUUUUCCAUACGCAAGAAGAGUACCACCAGGUAUUCGUCGUUUCGAGUCCUUCCUGGAUGUUGAGUUGGGUUUGCAAGUCAUGGCAGAUGGUCGUCGUGAACUGUUCGGAGUUUUGGUGCAACCUCGACGUUCACUCCCCAAAGGCGACGGAAAAAGCUACAUCUUUACUACGAACUGCUAUCAGCCGAGCCAAGGAGCGUAAGCUUGUUUUGAGCUUACGCUUCAGUUCUGGGUCUGAUUCGGAUGUAAUUUCUCUCCUCGACAUCUUAAUGGAGUCCUCGGACCGUUGGUUCGCUGUCGAUCUGGAAUUACCUGCUGGUUUUUUUCCUAAUCUUGCACCCAUACGUGGCCGACUUGAUAGCCUGGAACGUUUAUCUCUAGACUUCCAAGGCAACAUGUCGCUGGAUGGUCAUAUAGAUGCCUUCGAAGUAGUGCCGCGACUGAAAUCCGUGACGAUACUGGGCAUCGAGAAUAUGAUGAUACCACUGCCACCAUCUCAUCUUUCGGAUUUCCACAAUGACAGACUGUUCGGGGACGAUGCGCUGAAUGCGUAUUUCCUGGAUAUCAUCCGCAAUGCACCUCACUUGCACCGAUUCAGAGUAGGGCACCAAAACACUGCGAUCGACGGAGCCUUCGGUGUCACGCCCCGCUUUCUGCAUCCCAAUAUCCAUGUCCUUCACGCGUGCGAAGGUUCUUUCCUUCGUAGUCUUAUCCUACCGCAGCUGGAGCACAUGAGCCUGGAGACAAGCGCGUGGAAUUUGCCCUGUCCCCCAAAUUCCCUUCUUGGUCUACAUGACCUACUACAACAUUCCUGUUGCUCUCUCCGGAGCCUACACAUCGUGAACCUCUGGCCUCUGGAGGCUAUCCUCCUUGACAUCCUUCAGCUAACUCCCCAUCUGGAGGAUUUUCAUUUCUCCAUUGACGGUUGGGAAGAUGAUUCCAACACCGUCAUGCAGACCAUCAUCUCUCAUAUGUCUGAUAAAGACGAAUAUCACCGCCUACGCCUCAUUCUGAGCUGA